AUGAGCGUCGCCCUUGACCGCGGGGAGGUGCCCACCAGCAGAGGCGGCCUUCGCCAGGACGAGAGCAGCGCAGUAGUGAUUGACGGCCUCCUCACAGACGAAGAGCGCCGGGAACUUCUCGCCUGGCUGACGUCCCCCGACCACGACCACACGGGGCCGCCGCCCGAAGACAAGUGGGAGCGCGCCUGCGUCGACCGCGACGGCGACGCGGCGACGUUUGGGCUGCGGCCAGAGGUCAUUCAGCGGCUGCGGGAGGCGCCGCCGCCGCCCGCGAUCGCUCUGCAGGCGCGGCUGGCGGCGAUGUAUCCCGAGUGGCUGGUGGCGCACAUGCCCUGCGAGGCCCUGCUGGACGAUGACGAGGAGGUGGCACUCAGCAGCCACGUCGCCAACGCAGUCGUCUAUGGCGACCCCUGCCAGUGGCACCUGGACGCAGACCCCGCCUGCCUGCCGCCGGCCGCGCCCUUUGUGGAGCACGCCGGCUACUAUUACAACAGGCGCGCCCUCUGCUUUGAUAUGGAGCCCGGCAAGCCCAUGUUUGUGACCAUGAUGGCUUACCUAAACGACGAGUGGCGCGAGGAGUGGCACGCGGAGACGCUGUUUGCAGACCCUGAAACUGGCACCGGCGUGUUCGUGCAGCCGCGGCCAGGGCGCUCAUGGCCAGGCUGA